AUGCCGGCACCGAGUAACGCGUACGAUGUGCCCGCUCUGCGCGCCCUCAGGGGCUUCACCGCGUCCUCGGCGAGCGAGAAAACGAAUAAAGUGGAGCUCAGCGCUCGAGGCGCCGCCAUGAUGCCAAUCGUCAAGGGGGUCUCGGGAUCGUUCGGUGGCAUCAUCGAGGCGUGCUGCUUACAGCCCGUGGACGUGGUGAAGACGCGUUUGCAGUUGGAUAAAACGGGUCAGUACAAGGGCGUGGUGGACUGCUUUCGGAAGAUUCACGCCGAGGAAGGAUUGGGAGCUUUAUGGAAGGGCUUGAACGCGUUCGCGACGCAUUUGUGCUUCAAGUACAUGCUUCGAAUGGGGACGAACGCGACGUAUCAGGCGGCGCUGAGGGAUGAAAAUGGAGAACUCAGCACGGGGAGGCGAAUGUUGGCGGGUUUCGGCGCAGGCGUCACCGAGGCGCUCGUAAUCGUGACCCCGUUCGAGGUAGUAAAGAUUCGAUUGCAGCAGCAAAAGGGGUUGGCGAUGGAUCAGUUGAAGUACAAGGGCACCGUGCACUGUGCGCAGACGAUCAUUAAGGAGGAGGGUGUGCGAGCGCUGUGGAACGGCGCGGGGCCGACAAUCGCGAGAAACGGAACCAACCAAAUGUGCUUGUUCACCGCUAAGGCGCAAGUUGACAGAUUUUUGUGGGACAAGCACGAUGGCGAUGGGAAGAUGUUACAUCCGGUACAGUCGAUGAUCUCUGGUGGGUUAGCGGCGACGUUUGGUCCGGUCGCCACUGGGCCGUUUGACGUCGCUAAGACUCGUCUCAUGGCGCAGAGCAAGGCGGGCGGAGUCAAGUACAAGAGCUUCAUGCACGCGUUGUAUCUCAUCCCCAAAGAAGAGGGCAUCCUCGCGAUGUGGAAGGGGCUGCUCCCGCGUUUGAUGCGCAUCCCUCCGGGGCAAGCCGUCACUUUCAUGGUAGCAGACGCGAUCGUGCACCAGUGGGAGGCGAGAAAUCUCAAAAAGGAGGACGAGUAG